AUGUCGCCGUCAUUAUAUAGGAAUCGAAAAGCCGGUUGGGAAAAUUUUCGUAAUUUUUCGGGGUUUGAACAAUUUCAAAAGGCAUACGCUUCUGGGGAUUAUACCACCGCGAUCAAGUUUUUGGAAUCACUAUUAAAUUCUAGCCAAAAUGUUAAUGGUGAACCUGGAGUUUCACACGAACACAUCCUCUUAGCUCGAGCAAUGUGUUUUCAACAACUUCGUGAAUUUAGACACGUUCUUGCUGAUACUAAAGAGGUUAUCAGGACAAUCAGUUCACAAAAUAAUUCUUUUCAAUCAAACGGAUCUUUAAACGGUCACAAUAUUAAUUAUCAAUCUAUUGAUCAGUACAUUUGUUAUUUAUUGGCGCUUUGGCUUCGGAGUUUGGCAUACGAAUCUCUCGAGAAAUGGGAACUGGCUAAAGCUGAUCUUGAAUUAUUAAAGAAACUAAUCCUUGGAAAAACGAUAAAGGGCAUUGCGUCUGGUUCAAAUGGCGUCCUUUCCUCACUUAUACCAAAUAUGGAUCCGUUGAUCGUCCUAUCGAAGUCAUCCUCUCCAACUAUUAAUAUGCAUUGUGUCGUCGAGCGCCUUCGUCGAAUGUCCGAUUUAGUUGCAAAAGAAAAUUCGUGUCGUAACAGCGUAACUCAGGCAUUCCGCCUGAUUGACGAUGAUUCGAGCGCUUACAGCGAUUUGGCAAAAAAGUUUCAUUAUCGACUACUUCUUAGGCGACCGUUACAUCCAAAUAUUCAUUUAAAUAUGUGGUAUACAAUGGAUCUUAUGUUUGUUAGUGAAAUGGGUUUAUUCAAAAGAGAGGAUAUGUAUGGUUUAGAGGGUUAUGCUCUAGAAAUCAAGAUGUUGGAAAUUGGAAAUGAGGAUGCAAUUGACGAAUUUGAAAUCCAAGUUAGACCAAUGAGUCCUGAAGCAUGCGAGUGGAGUGGCUUGACUUCUACUGAUUGGGCUGGUGUACAAAGUUGCGGUAAAGGUGGUUUGGAAUUUCGCAUUGUUCCUGCCAAUUUUAAUAAUGGAUCUGAUGCAAAAAAGGUGUCUGUAUCUAAGAGUAGAAAUAAAAAGAAUAAUUUACAUUCUAAUAAUAUCCGGACAAGAUUUUUAUAUGUAUAUCCAACAAUGAAGAUUCAUCUACUUGUUCCUUUGGCCAUCGGUCCAAUUCAUUUGGUGGACUGUCAUCGACACUCAGAUUCCUGUGCUAAUCAUCAUACCGCUAGUGGUAUCGCCUGUAUUUCUACUGACUCUCAAACUGUUGUUUCAGCGAAUGAUCCUAAAUUCCAAAUUUCAUCAUCUUUACUGAGCUCUUCUCACUCCUGGUCGCCCCCACCAGAAUGUCCACCUCAAUCCUCUAAAUGCCUUUGGAGUACUGAUGAAUAUAUUAUUCAUAGUUACCGUGCAUUUUUCCUCCCAAAUGGCAAACAUUUGAUUAUUAAAGAAUUGUGGGACAUUGGAAUUCCUGGAAAAGUUUGGGAUUCUGCGUUUGUAAUGGUUAAAAUGAUUAGGGACAAGAUUCUUAAAGACCGAAAAUUGCUUGAUGGUAAAAAAAUUUUGGAUUUAUCAACAGGGACUGGUUUUGUUGGCCUUUAUUUGGCUGCUUUUAUGGCAAGUCUGAAAAAAAGAGGAAAAAGGAAUGGUGUAAAAACGCGCGUUAUCUUGACCGAUUUAGAACAUGCAUUAAACCUUAUCCGUGACAACAAUUCUCUGAAUAAGCACGUCUUAGAGGUGGUCAACUGCGUAUCGAUCGAAAUUGAAUCCUUGAAGUGGGGCGACUCGUCGAAAGCCAAACAGCUAGGUGUUGUUGAUUAUGUGCUUGCUUCAGAUGUUGUUUACGAACCCGAUUUAUUUGACUCUUUAAUACAGACGUUAGUUACCGUAUGUACUCCUGGACACACAAAGAUAUUCCUCGGCUAUAAAAGACGGGGAUUGACUAAAGAAGAAGAAAGGAGUUUCUUUAGCAAAUUGCAAUCAAAAUUUAGAAUGUCUUUACUUCCGGACUUGGAGAAUGCUGCAGAUGAAGGACAAAUCUAUAUUUACGAGCUGAGUAAAUGA